UUGUUAACUACUUUCGUUUUGUUAUUCGUGUUACUGAGCUAAAGCACGUCCAUAACAGAUAUUUUAAAAAGUCCUUUGGAUCACAGCUGUAACCUAUAUCAGAUCACAAACACAAAUGGCAACAGCUCCAUCGUUUGCCCAGCACUACAUUGAAUGUGACAACUGUGAGGAAAAUCCAGCACAGUUCGUGUGUAAAACAUGUUCGGGUCAUCUUUGUGAUUCAUGUAAGUCAGAGCAUGAGAGGCGAAAAAUAACCCGAAAUCACGAUAUCAUACACCUAACCUCAGAGAAAGGGGAUAUAAUGGAACGGUUGUAUUGUUCAAAGCACAGAAACCAAAAGCUGAAGUGUUACUGCUCUCCCUGCCAGACCCCAAUAUGUACCCAAUGUAUGAUGGAAACUCAUAAUGGUCAUGAAGUGGAAAAUCUGACUAUUGCCUACAACAGAAUCAAAGAUGAACUUCAAAAAGAAAACAAUGAGAUAGAGACAAUACUACUGCCGAAAUAUGAGGAAUUGCUAGCGAUGGAGAAUGAAAAGGAAGCGCAUAUGUCAAAGAGAACUGACGACGUGCAAAAGCAAAUAGAGAAUCAUGCAGAUAGGUUGAUCAACAGAUUGACAGCAAUCAAAAAGAAGAGAGUCCAGGACCUUCGACAAAAGGAGAAAAAGGCACUGGAGUCAGUUGCGAACUCCAAAACUGAAAUCGAAAGCCGAAUAAAAGCAUUAAAAGAAAUCAAAACCCAAAUAUCAAACAACUUAGGUGCAAAGCCAGGGGUUAUAUUUUUCAAAGUUACAAAUGGCAACAGAUUAAAGAAAAUGCGAGAAUAUUCAAAUCCAAUUGAAUAUGAACUUAAUGACUUUAUUCCUGGAGAAAUUGAAAAGACGACAUGGGAUAUCGACUUUGGGAACACCCCUAGAUUUAGGGAGCCGUUAUUGACGAUGGUAAAGAAUAUUUUCAAAGGAAUGCGUUUAGAUCAGAGGAGAAACUAGAGAAAUAUAAUGACCGAGGACGAUAAUUAAACAAAUUGAAUGAUUAUGUUUUGUUAGUCGAAUAACAAACCAUACAACAAAUCUAUCUCAUUGAUAACUAUUUCAUCAAUGAAAAUUCUAUUAUACAGUAUCUUUUCUGUGAAACAAGCUAUUUUCGUUUUCCGGAGGACUUACGGCAAAGACCAGAGAUUUUGAUUUGGUUUUGAAAAUGUGUCCGACAUCAUGUGACUGACAAGAAUCAGCAGUGCACUUUGUUAGAAUUUAAAUGGAAACCGUUUUCCUUCAAUACAAUACUUUUAAAUUCUGCCUAGAACUAUCAUUUAGAAACAUUACAAAAUAUAAAAAAGUUAGAACAAUUCCGUAAAGAAUCUUUAUCAAAUCAUGACGUCAACACGUUCAUUUUCAUUGUGUUGACACGAGGUGAUAUUGUAGAUCUUGAUACAGUAAUUCUGUACCUCUGACUCAAUCAGAAAUGUAGGGGGCGUGAUAUAGUCACCACUGUAGAUAGUCCUUGGUUUAAUUCGUAAUAGUUACAGACUUUCUGUAUUCAGGCCGAUCUCAUAUGUUCAUAAAUCUAAAGAACUGCCAACG